AUGGGAGGAGCAAUUUAUGCUGAAAAUGCUCAAUCAGUUAAGAUUGUUAAUUCUACCUUUUCUCAAAAUAAGGCUUUAAUUGAACAAAAUAGUCUCCUUUAAAUAGCAAAUUAAGGGACAGGAGGAGCAAUAUACUACACAUGCAAUAGCUAAUAGCUUAAUUGCAAAAUGAAAUUUGAAGGCUUCAAUGUCUUUAAAGACAAUUUUGCUGAAGUUAAAGGUGGAGCCCUAUUUUGGGAUUAGCUUGAGCCAGAAUUCAUUAAAGAUGAUUUAUUAUUCUUGAAUAACUAAGCUAAGCUUUAUGGAAAUGAUAUUGCUUGCUAUUCAUAGAAUUUAAAAUAUAUUACUCUGUAGGAAUAUUAAAAUUAAAUGAUUGAAAUUGGAUUGUACUCCAACGAUGAUUUUCAAUUAAGAAUGUUGGAUAUUUAAAAUAAAGUCAUUUCUCACAGAUAGCUUUAAGAAAUUAAUUUUCAAAGAAGCGGGGACAGAAUACCUAUUAUAUAUUUAGCUCUGGUAGACAAAUAUGGACAAAUACAGAGUUUAUAUUCACCAAUCCUUGAAGGUCUUAUGACUUAUGAUAUGAUAGGAGGUGUUUCAAUUAUACAGAACAUUUAGAUAUCGGGUACUCCAGGAAAAUGUAUCAAAUGCGAGCAGAGUUUUUCUCUGGUAAAAAUGACAUAACCAGGUAGUUGCCAAAUCUGUCCAACUGAGAAAGCAAUUUGCUAAGGAGGAGCUAAAAUUGGGCCUCUUCCAGGAUUUUGGAGAAUUAGUAAUAAAUCAGAAAAUUUCUUGCUAUGUCUAAAUGAAUACUCUUGCUUGGGAAUGAUUCCUCCUUUAAAUGAUCCAUUAGGUGAAUGUUUAUAAGGAUAUUAGGGUAUACUAUGUGCAGAUUGCUAGAGGGGCUAUUCAAGAGAUGGUGAUUAUAAGUGCUCAUUGUGCCCUAAUAGAGGGUUAAAUAUCUUAAGGUUAAUCGUUAUAUUUAUAGCGGCAGUUAAUUUAAUUGUUCUUAUGAUUAGAUCAACUUUAAAGGGUGCCUAAGACAUGAAUAAUGUUUUAAUCGGUUAUAAAAUAAUGGCAAGCUUGGUAAUUCUUCUAUUCUUGGCACAUCCAAGCUUGGUCACUUUUUCAUUUAAUGCUUUUAAAUGCAAAGAAGUAGAUGGAGAAGAGAGAGUUUGCUUUGUUGCUUUGCCUUCCAUUAUUGUCUGGGGAUUAGGAAUACCAUUCUUUGCCUUAUCCAUUUUAAUAAAAAUGAGAAAGAAGCUCGAGAACUUAGAUGUAAAAUAAAAAUAUGGAUUUUUAUACAGAGGAUAUAAAAAAUAAGGUUCAGUUUAUUUGUCAGAACCAUUCUAAAAGCUAUUUUUCGCUUUUAUUCUACUUUCAAAUUUGUUCUUCUUUAUAUACUGGACUUUAAAAAUGUACGAUGAAGGCAGAGCAAAGUUUAGAGAUAAUUUGACCAAGAUCUAUUUGGCGAUAUGUUGA